AUGUCUGAAAGCAGGGCUGUCCACACAUGCAUGCACACGAAGACCAAGAGGGAUCAGAAUUCCGAGAGCUGUGACUCAUCAUCACGUGACAGUUGCUUUUUGUACGUGUCUCUUUUGGAAGUAUGGUCAGUCUCGUUGGGUUGUUCAGCUCGUCCAGCUGAGGCGUUGACCAGUGUUCUACCAGCAGAAGUGCCGGGCUGCCACUACGACCAGACUUCCACAUCGAAUGCCCUGCUGGCACAGCUGCAGAGUUCCGAGCGAGGCUCACAGACUGACAAUGCUGCAUGCCGCAUCCUUGAUGCUGCUGAAACACUGCGAAGGGAGCGAGCGCUUCUCGAAGUUGAAGAGCUGAACAAGACACUGGUGACGACCCGUGCUUCAAUGCAGGGUCUGGUUUCAGAGUUGAAAAAGGCAGUAUCCGUUUCCGAAGGCAGUCUGGUGGAGGCCCAUGUUGACCUUCAAGUCGCUAGGGGAGAAAUCCAGAAGCUGAAAAAGGCAAGGUCUUUGUCGCGCAACAAGUUGUCAGCAGCUGAGAUGGCACUGCGGCAACAGCAGGCGGAGUGUCGCAACCUUUCCGACGACUUGCGCGCCCGAGAUGAGCUGCUGCUUUCACUGCGCAGGGAGCUGACUGUCUCUGAGGAGCUCCACAAGGCUGCAGUGGCGAACAUUGCUGAAAGUGAGACGAAGCGGCAGGCACUUGAGCUGGCCAAUGCAGCACUCAGGACCGAGUAUGAUGCAUGCUGUGCUCUGAGGGAGGAGAUACUUGCACAAAACGCAUGCUGCAUUUGCAUGCAGGCUGUGCGCAGAGUAGUUUUGCUGCCCUGCACGCACUUUGCACUGUGCGUGGCAUGUGCAGAACAGCUCCCCAGAUGCCCUCUCUGCAGAGUGCCUAUUGAGCAUGCAAUUCCAACAAUUUUGCCUUGA